AACCCCCAAGUGUCGAAGAUCCUUUAAUUCGAUAUUUGAGGUAAUAUCAACCAAUGAAAAAUGUGAAAGGAAUUCUCCUCUCUGUCUAAAAAGGGCACUCCUUGUGGUUUGGAAUGCCUUCUAGACGAGUACAUGUGCAGUGGUGACUAUGGAGUCAGCCAAACUUUACCUCUACAUCCAUGGAACAUCCUACUUUUCUACAACAGAAGGUUAGUGAGAUGCUCAAACAGUGAAAUACUGACACACAUGAGUGCCAUACUGUAACCCUGGAAAACUUUUAUUUCUUAAAAAAGUACGGGAAUUAAAACCCUGAAGGAAAGGCCACAAACCCCAAACAUUUCUUUGUUGUCUACUUUUGCUUGAUUAUUCAAAACAACAACAAAAUAUUUAUUAAGAUUACACCAACAUUGUGGGUGAUACUUUUUGCCUAGUGUGUGGAAAGUCUCAAUUUCUUAACAACUGUAAUCUCAGAGAGAAAACAAUCAAAAGUUGUCUGUGGAAUAUAAGACAACUAAUUGAUAUUUAAAUACCAAUACUGAUGAAGGAAUGAUCAGUAUGUACUACCAUGUGAGGAUGUUUCUUCACCACUUCUGAGGAUAUUAACUCAAAGAAAUUGUGAACAAAGCAGUCUGGAGAAAAUUGUAUAAAUGAAUGACGAUUUCAUUGAAGAUUUAAACGGGCUUACCCCAUUCCCGGACUCCCCCCACAAUAUGUCCGAAGUUCUGCCCGGGGAGAGAAGUUUAACCUCGAUACUUAACGACACGGGAGGAGGGGAGCUGGUCAGGACAGGGAGUCCCAAUUUUGUGUGUUCUGCCCUACCCUCUCACUGGCGUUCCAACAAGACAUUACCCCUCGCGUUCAGGGUAGUGGCCCUGGGAGAUAUUAAGGAUGGGACAAAAGUUCAGGUCUCCGCUGGAAACGAUGAAAAUUUCUGUUCAGAGUUGAGGAAUUGUACAGCUUACAUGAAGAAUCAAGUGGCAAAGUUUAACGAUUUGCGUUUUGUGGGACGUAGCGGUCGUGGAAAAAGUUUUACUCUGACAAUCACGGUAUGGACACACCCUCCACAGAUUACCCUAUACCAGAAAGCCAUCAAAGUGACCGUAGACGGCCCACGUGACCCUCGCAGUAAAGUCAAAUUACGGACUGAUGACCGACGCGUUAGAUGUCCUCUAGACCUUCCCUCGGACAGAAAUCCAUUCCCAAAUCCCUUGGAAUCCACCCGGUUUACCCAACACAUGCCGGAAUGGGGUCCCGUUCGUAGACCGACGUCACAUCCUGGGGAUUCCAGACGACUACAAUCCUCAGAUUCCAACGGAUUCCAUCACAAUGAUUCGAUUGGGAAGAGAAGUCACUGGGGAUUCGACCCCUCCCCUUACCCCUCUAUCACAACCCAUGCCUCGGUCCCGGCCUAUACUCAGUCACAGGGUCUAUCUGUCACAGGUAAAUUUUUCAGAAGACAUCCAAUUACCCCCGCAACUCCCAUCACUCAACCAAUGGAUCAGGUGCUUCAAGACAAUAGAAUUCCAUUAAUGUCCAAGGACAACACACAGUUAGACAUUUUACCCCCAAAUCAAGACAGAUCAAUGCCUGUUAUUAUUCCGGAUCCGCAAAGAGCGGACGGAACGGCUCUGGAACAAAGAUCUUCAUCACUUGAUCAGCAACUCUCGUUGUUUUCGCGAUUUCCUGAACACAGAAUGCCCGAGUCUCGUUUUCAAGAAUCCAGACACAUAUUUGGAUCGUCUAGUUUACCGCCAUAUCCCUCUACAAAUUCAAAUCUAGCUAUAUUACGUGAAAGUGCUAUCCUCAGAGCCUCGGAAAACAUUUCAAGAGAUAUUAAUCGGGAAAUCUCGCUCCCCAUUCCUGGCUCUCAUAACACCUACCCCAUGAUGACCACAAACGAAAUUUUGGAUAGGAUAAAUCCUCCCACCACUAUGACGUCAUCAUAUUUGAGCACCUCACCAAGUCUGUUUUAUCCACACAUAUAUUCAAAUCCGCCGCCAAUGCAAUCCGGUCUUUACUUACCCGAAGAGAGAACAUACACUAUAUUGGGUCAAAGGUCACAAGAUAUGAACGCGGUCAGGGGAGACCGCCCUAUCUCCGGGACGCCCCCUCGCUUGCCAAUUGAAGGUCCAAACAGACAACUCAUCAGAGACGACUCUGAUGAAAGAUCAAGAAUGGAAGCAGUUCGCGCCAAUUUAAUGCAGCCAAUGGACACCCACGUUACGGACGCGAACAAUUCACCAGUACGUCAAGGCGGAAAUCCAAACACUGUCGCUGACGUCUCAUCAGUUUGGCGGCCAUAUUGACGAUAAUCAUGUAAAUAUAAUUUUUUUCUCUUCGCAACUUCCCAUGUUGCUAUUGUAAUUUUGGCGGUAUGCCGGUCUUUUUCUUGCGCCCACUUCCCGAAUUCGACGUUUUUCAAAUUGACAGAGGGAAUCGAAAGCUUGCGCUGGAGCUUACAGUUAGUCGACGUCACUUAGACGCUUUGGACAGGCGAUUGUACUUUGCCAAGACAUUUAGCAUUGAAAGGAGAGGAUUGAAACUGAUUUAAUGGUGCUCGAAGAUUGUGUUUCGGAAGGACAGUGUUUUUUUUCUGGGAUUCUGUGAUCUCAUGGACGUUGACAUACUAGUGUUACGUGCCACGUGCUUAUCGAAAUGUUGUGUAAAAAGUCCAGUGUUUUGAUCUCAAACAUGUUUGUAUCUACUUAAUAUACUAUAGUAUCAGAAACUGUCAGCUAUGAAACAUUAUCUCAUAAAGCUAAUGUAUUUAUUAUCUCUGCUACAGUUUAUUUAAAAUGUGAGGGAAAAUUGAAAAGAAAUCUUUUUUGAAGUUUAGCAUUCUUGUCCAUGAUCAAUAGUUCAAGAGCCUUUGUGAUUACAAUCAAUUUUGCCAAAGAAAUCCUUAUGGAUGUGUAGAAAAUGUAUUUGAAUCAAGGCAGGUGGUUUAUUUGUUAUGAGGAAAAGUAUUAGAUAAAGGAUAGAAAGUAUUACCUUUGAUGCUGCUCAUUGAACCAUCCCGAUCACGUAUUUAUUAAGCAUCCUUUCUGUUCAUUCCAAUUUUGUCGUUUUGUACAUUGUGAUGUAGUCUUUCCAAAUCUUUAAUGUUGAAUCAAUUUUCAAAAAAGAUGUAUUUUUUUGUUGUCAUGUCAACAGGUACAAAAAUCGACGACAAACAUAGGCAUUAAAGACAGCAAGAGCCGUAGAGGGUGAUAAAGUGUUUAUGAUAUCUGUAGUUAUACUUGAACGAAAGAAAGCGAUAAACGUUUUGAACCUUUGUAUAUUUAUAGACACGUGUCUCUUAUUCGAAUUUGCAAAACUUACUGAAGAAUAUUGUGCAAAGUUAUGUAAUGUACCCAAGUCUGUGGAAUCUUUAGAGAACAGAGGAGGGGUCUCUUGUCGGGGAUAUUGUUUUGAUACAGUUUUUAUUUCCAUGCUUUAGUGCUGUCUUUUCCAGUCUUUGUAUGCCCGCACUUUUGUGUGGUAAAGCAUUUAAUAAAAUGUUGAAUAUGUG